CAGAAAUGGAAAGAAAUACUCACCGAUAGAAGAUUUGUACCUUAAAAUACUCAUCGACAGCAACGGUACGUUUACAGAAACUGUUUGAAGGAGCAUCAUUCAGAAGCCUGGUAACAAAACAAAGGCAGAGCCCGUGGUGUGAUGUCAUAUUUCGCCCCUCUGUAGCUGAGCUGCUGACUGUCACCCCUAACACCUCCAUCGUCAUCAUGUCUCUGGGCGACAACCCUCACCUGCUGCUCGGGAGGAUCCGCUUCCUGAACAGGUGUAUCGAGUGUUUCCGAAGGAGUGAGCCCUUGCCGGACUGUCUCUGUUAUGUCCCAAAAGAGGUAUGCUUCAAAAUCUGCAAGGAUUCAUCGUCCUCGUCGUCUACGUCCACUGGGGCAUCCGCAGGAGGCUCCACUGUCGGAAAAACGCUCGUCUCUGUGUUUGAAAGCCCACACCAGACUCCACAUAUCAAGAAAUUAUGCAAGUACAACAUUGAACCAAAGAAAGGGACUUGUAUCCGGACAACAGGGGAAGAGUACUGUAACAGUCAGGGCCUGUGGGUCAAAAUCAAUAAGGAUCAGCUGGAGGAGCACCGUCCAGGUCUAGAUUUGGAGGAGGGCUGGAUCCUGGUGUGCAAACACACAGAAGGAGGUGACAGGUUGGUGCCAGUGGAGUCUCCAGAGACGGUCAGCAGACAACAGCAGCUCUUCGGCUACGACCACAAACCCUGCAACAGGUGGGAGCAGGUGGUGAACGUGGAGAACGCGCUCUACAUCGGCUCUAAACCCAAAGUGGCCGAGUGCGAUGAUGCCGCCGUCCAGAAGCUGAGGUAUGUUCCUCCCACCUGGACAUAUGAAUGUGAUGAGGACCUGGUACACUACUUCUACGAUCACAUAGGGAAAGAGGAUGAAAACCUGGGGAGUGUGAAGCAAUGUGUGACCAGCAUCGAUGUUUCCUCAUGUUCGGAGGAUCCAAAUGGAGGGGUGAGCUGCCUGACUGAUGGUGACACUGAAACCUACUGGGAGAGUGACGGCAUGCAGGGGCAGCACUGGAUCCGUCUGCAUAUGAAGAGAGGCACUGUGGUCAAUAAACUGAUAUUGACAGUGGACUCUACAGACGACAACUACAUGCCAAAGCGGGUCACUGUGUUUGGAGGAGAGGGAGACAACCUGAAGAAGCUCAGCGAUGUCACCAUUGAUGACAACCUGAUUGGAGAGGUUUGUGUGCUGGAGGAUAUGACAUCUCAUCUGCCUGUGAUCGAAGUUCGGAUUGAAGAAUGUAGAGAUGAAGGAAUAGAUGUCCGGAUCAGGGGAUUGAAGAUUAAGUCAUCCUGUGAAAGAGACCUGGGUCUGAAUGCUGAUGUUUUCCAGUCCACAAACCUGGUGCGGUAUCCUCGCCUGCAGGGCAACACGCCAGACGUCCUGUAUCGCAGAGCACUGGUCAUUCAGAGGUUCAUCAGUCUCCUGGACUGUGUGCUUCCACACCUGGUUCCUGCCUGGGAUUACAGUCUGGGUACCUUCAACCAGAUCAAAACCAUUAAGCAGUUCCUGCUGCUGUCCAAACGCCGCUCAGCCCUCAUCACACAGUGCCUGAAGGACUCUGAGACCAGUAAGCCAAACUUCAUGCCCCGACUCUACAUCAACCGACGUCUGGCCAUGGAGCACAGAGACAACCCGUCUCUGGACCCCAGCUGCAAGAAUGCCGUCUUCAAUCAGGUGUAUGAAGGUCUGAAGCCAUCUGAUAAAUUUGAGAAGACUUUGGAUUACAGGUGGCCGGCUCGCUAUGACCAGUGGUGGGAAUGUAAGUUCAUUGCAGAGGGAAUCAUCGACCAGGGCGGUGGAUUUCGGGACAGCCUGGCAGAUAUGUCUGAAGAGCUCUGCCCCAGCUCAGCCGAGUGUCCCAUGCCUCUGCCGUUCUUCUGCCGCACGUCCAACCAGGGCUCCUUAGAGGCCAGAGAUUACUACGUCCCCAACCCGUCCUGCAAAGAGUUUCACAAGUACGAGUGGAUCGGUCAGCUCAUGGGAGCUGCUCUCAGAGGAAAAGACUUCUUGGUUUUGGCUCUGCCUGGGCUGGUGUGGAAGCAGCUGACAGGAGAGGCUGUCAGCUGGAGUAAAGAUUUCCCAGCUGUAGAUUCUGUGCUGGUAAACUUGCUGGAGGCCAUGGAGAACAUGGACCAGGAGACUUUUGAGUUCAGAUUUGGCGAAGAGCUCGUCUACACCACCCUGCUGAGCGAUGGCCAGAUGGUGGAGCUCAUCCCCGGUGGCAGUAACGUGGCUGUCCGCUACGAGGACCGCAGCGAGUUUGUCCGCCUGGUGCAGAAGGCUCGGAUGGAGGAGAGCAAGCAGCAGAUUGCAGCCAUGCAGGCGGGGCUGCUGAAGGUGGUUCCUCAGGCUGUGCUGGAUCUGCUGACCUGGCAGGAGGUGGAGAAGAAAGUGUGUGGAGAUCCAGAGAUCACAGUGGAAGCCUUGAAACGACUCACUCGCUAUGAAGACCUGGAACAAAGUGAUGUAAGAGUGCAAUACCUAUGGGAGGCACUGACAAACUUCACCAAUGAGGAUCGCAGCAGGUUUCUGAGGUUUGUAACUGGUAGAAGUCGUCUUCCUGCACCAAUCUAUGUCUUCCCUGACAAACAGGGCUCUGAAACGACAGAUGCACUUCCACAGUCCUCCACAUGCUCCAGCACUCUUUAUUUACCCAACUACCCAAGUGCAAAGGUUUGUGAAGAGAAGCUGCGUUAUGCUGCUUACAACUGCGUGGCCAUCGACACAGACAUGAGCCCGUGGGAGGAGUGAUCCCUCUGAUGCUUCACCGAAAAAAACAAAACACUUUACAAAUCACUGUUGAAUGGAGAAAGCUUGCCAAGUCUAUCAUUAUAUCCACACAACUGCCAAUUAAUCCUAGCUGUAUAUAAUAAAGAACUAUAUGGA